AUGUUCUUUCAGAUUAUUCAGGGGGUUUUCACCGGCGUUGAGGCAUUAGCUCUCUUGGCAUUCGCUGGUAUAACCCUUGGCGGCUCAGCCGUGGGACUAGCUUUAAGCACGCCGCUUUUUAUUCUAUUCAGUCCGAUUCUCGUGCCAGCAACUAUAGCCACCACUUUGUUAACUACGGGUUUCACAACCUCCGGGGGCUUAGGAAUCGUGGCUCUCCGCAUCUUCUGGAAGCUCUUCAAGCGUCUUAGGAAGAAGGGGAAAGGAACGCCAAAAAUUCCGGGAUUGGCCCCGGGGGCUCCAGAUUCUAACUCAGUGUCUGGGGGAUAA